UUCCAGGGUGACAGGACCGUGGUGGCUGGCAGUAGGCCGGCCCGACCCGGCGCGGGGCGGGCGGCGCGUGGAGCGGAGCGGAGAUGCUGGCCUGCCUGAUGAGCAGGCCUCUGCCGCCGGGUCUGGCGCGGCUCUUCGCGGCGAGGGCGGGGCUCCCGCUGGCGGUGCGCGGGGCCUCGGCGGCGUCCGCGGCCUCGGCCUCGUCGUCGCUGGCCGGGCGCGAGGAGCUGCAGUACCCAGGCGAGGCCGCUAGGGGCCGCCCGCAGUGGCAGGCGGCAGAGGGAGAAGAGGAAGAAGUGAGGCUGGCGAAGCUGCAGCGCCGCCGCGCGCCCUCCAGGGGGCGCUGCGGGGAUGCGGAGCUGUGGCCGCAGUGUAAGGCGGCGGCCGCCAGGGGGCAGGACUCACAGCAGCUGGGAAGAUACCCCUGCGAGGCGGGCGCCGCCCUGGCGGCGGGCAAAAAGGUGGCAGCCGAAGGAGGCUGGCUGCCCAGGCUGCCCUGCCAGGAGGAGGAGCAGCAGCUGCCAUCCGGGGAUGCUAGCGCCCGCCCGCUCCGCAGGGAGCCCAGCGGUCUGCGCCUCUGGCCCAACCCGGAGCGGGCCGGGCGCCACCGCAGCAAAGGGAACCGCGGCAACAGGCGCGGCCCCAGGAUCCCGUCCUUCUCUGCCACCGCCGUGGCAGCCGCCGGGCUGGCAUUCUGCUACAGCAAGGGCAACGUCUCCAAAGAAGACUCUCUACUGGAAGCUGCACAGAUCAACAACAUUUCCGAAGUGGACAGGUUGUUGCAGGAAGGUGCAAGUGUGAAUGCUCGGCACAAACUUGGCUGGACAGCUCUGAUGGUAGCUGCUAUAAACCGAAAUUCAAGUGUGGUAAAGCUUCUGCUCACGGCUGGAGCUGACCCAAACCUAGGAGAUGAGUUCAGCAGCGUCUACGAGACGGCCAAAGAGAAGGGGCUCCACUCCCUGGAAGUUCUGGUCACACGGGAGGACGACUUCAACAACCGCCUGAACAACCGGGCCAGUUUCAAGGGCUGCACAGCUUUGCAUUAUGCUGUACUGGCGGACGACUACUCCACGGUCAAGUUGCUUCUGGAUGGAGGUGCCAACCCCCUGCAGAGAAAUGAAAUGGGGCACACGGCUGUGGAUUAUGCACGGGAGGGGGAGGUCAUGAAGCUCUUGAAAGCGUCUGCAACAAAGUUCCAGGAAGAGCAGCGCAAGAGGGAAAUAGAGGAACGGCGAAGGUUCCCGCUGGAGCAGAGACUCCGGGAACAUAUCAUUGGCCAGGAGAGCGCCAUAGCAACUGUUGGAGCUGCCAUUCGGAGGAAGGAAAAUGGCUGGUAUGACGAGGAGCAUCCCCUGGUUUUUCUCUUCUUGGGAUCGUCGGGAAUAGGCAAAACUGAACUGGCCAAGCAGACUGCCAAGUACCUGCACAAAGAUGUCAAGAAGGGUUUCAUCAGGCUGGACAUGUCUGAGUUUCAGGAAAGACACGAGGUUGCCAAGUUCAUUGGCUCUCCGCCAGGCUACGUCGGCCAUGAGGAAGGCGGGCAGCUCACCAAGAAGCUGAAGCAAUGCCCCAAUGCCGUGGUGCUCUUUGACGAAGUGGAUAAGGCCCACCCGGAUGUCCUCACCAUCAUGCUGCAACUGUUUGAUGAAGGCCGGCUGACAGACGGGAAGGGGAAGACCAUUGACUGCAAAGAUGCCAUCUUCAUAAUGACCUCCAACGUGGCCAGCGACGAGAUCGCCCAGCAUGCCUUGCAGCUGAGGCAGGAAACCGUGGAACUCAGCCGGAAGAGAAUUGCUGAAAAACUAGAUGACGUCCAGAUCACAGACAAGAUAACUAUCUCUAAGCAGUUCAAGGAGAACGUCAUUCGCCCCAUCUUGAAGGCUCACUUCCGGAGAGACGAGUUCCUGGGAAGGAUCAACGAGAUUGUCUACUUCCUCCCCUUUUGCCACUCGGAGCUCAUUCAGCUUGUCAACAAGGAGCUGAGCUUCUGGGCUAAGAGGGCCAAGGCAAGGCACAACAUCACCUUAGUGUGGGACAGGGAGGUGAUGGACGUGCUAGUCGAUGGCUACAACCUGCACUACGGAGCCCGCUCCAUUAAACACGAGGUUGAGCGUCGAGUCGUGAACCAGCUCGCCGCUGCCUACGAGCAGGACCUCCUGCCCCGCGGUUGCACCUUGCGGAUCACAGUGGACGACUCGGACAAGCGGCUCCUGAAAGCCAAGGGCAGCUCGUCCCCCGCGGAAGGUCAGAGGAAGGGUCCCACCCUGCGGCUGGAGAUAGUUGAGAAGGACAGCAAAAGCCGGAAGCUGGACAUUCAGGCCCCGUUGGCUCCCGACGAGAUGUCCUAUACUUUAUAGCCCCGUGGGGUGCCCCCUGCGGAGCUUCAGGUUGUGUGGUCAGUAAUAAAACAAUCAUGAGAUGUAGACGGAGGAGUAAGGAAGGUGGUUUGGGGAACCCGGGUUUCUCUGGAGAUCAGAGCUUAGCUGGGAGAGAGAGAGAGAGAGAGAUCCUUAUAGCUCAAAUCACUGCUACAGCCUUGUUGAGACAGGGCUACCCCCCGUGCAAAAUCAAUGGGCAGGUUCAGCCUGCUGCCCCACAGAGCUGUUUGCGAGGGUGAGAGGUUUGUGCUUUGGGUGGGGCAGGGUUUCUCAAGGGAAAUAAGCACGAACUUCCUUGUUCCAAGCAAGCUGCUGUGCCUGCCCCCCUCCAGCCCCAAAAAUGAUGCUGCGGAAUGUGUUGGGUGCCGAUUCAGGUCUCAAAAAGUGACUUUUUCAGAUGCUCACCAGGGUUAUGACUCUGCAAAGGUGCUGGGUGUGGUUUUUCCCAGCCACCUGGGCACCAACCAGAUCUCUUAAGUUAUUGCAAUAAAUGUAAAUGGAUACCAAAUGAGCUUCUCUCUUCAUAUGUUCAUCUUGGGCAUUUAGGUGGGGGGGGGCACCUCCUGCACAUGCUCGGCUGAAAUGCAUGUGAGCUGUGCAGGUGGACAGUUUGUAGAAUUGUAGAGUGGAAAGGCCUCCUAAGGGUCAUCUAGUCCAACCCCCCUGCAAUGGAGGAAUCGCAUCUAAAGAAUCACUGACAGGCAGCCAUCCAACCUUUGCUUAAAAACUACCCAAAAAGGGAGAGUCCAUCACUUUCCAAUGGAGUCUGUUCCACCAUCGAGCCACUCUUACUGGCAGAAAGUUUUUCCUGAUGUUUAUUUGGAAUCUCCUUUCUUGAGUCCAUUGGUUCGAGUCCUUCCACCGGAGCAGGAAAACAACAUCCUCCAUGUUGGCAGUCCUUCAGAGAUUCAAAGGUGGAUGUCGUAUCGCCUCUCAGUCUUCUCUUCUGCAGGCUAAACAUCCCCAGCUCCCUCAACCAUUCCUCAUAAGGCUUGGUUUCCAGACCCUCGACCGUGUCAGUCACCCUCCUCUUGCAACAUCCUUCUUAAACUGUGGUGCCCAGAACUGGACACAGUUCUCCAGGCGGGGGGGUCUGACCAACACAAAAGUUCCGUUGUGUUGCGGUUUGUGCAGAAGAACGUCCUGCUUAUGCCUUUUGCCUUUUCUCCCUUAAAGGUCUGCCUGCAUCACUAUUCCUUGUUACGGUGGUGGGGCAGUUCUGUUCUUUGGCUAACGCUUUUG